AUGGAUGAAUGGCAUGGACGCAUGAAAAAGUAUUGGCUACCUUGGUUGGUUGGUAAGUUUGAAAUAGACCUGUGACAAGCAAAGACCCCUUUUAGACCUAGUUUAGAAGCAUAAUUUUUUAUGCUUUUUUUACACUUUUGAAAAAAAAAUUUUGAAAUUAAAAAAAAAUUUUGGGCUAGCAAUAAAAGUACCUAACCUGCCCAGCUCAGAAUCAGCUCAAAUUUUUUAUAUGAAUUCUUGUACCGCCAACAGUACCCAUAAAAACUUUUAGCUUGCGCUUUUGAGUUUUAAUUUUGAAACAUUUGAGUUUCGCGCCAAUUUGACAUUGUGUUUCAAGCAAAUUUUUCGCCUUUCUAGACAAAUUACACUUACUCAAUUUAAAAAUGUAAGUUCAUUUAAAGGUAUUCUACUAAUAUAUCAAAGAAAAAUUCUUAAAGAUCAAAAAAUGGCAAAAUUAUAAGCUUGAAACACAAUGUCAAUUCGGCGCGGAAUUCAAAACGUAAUUUUUUGAUCGCGAUUUUCUCGUUAUUUCUAGGAAAGCGCAAUUUAGUACUUUUCUAAAAGUCAUAUUUACAUGAUUUUCCUAUAUGAAAAGUUUGAAGUCAAUCAAAGCGGAGCAGGUCGGGCAUUUUCCUCAUUAGUUUACAGUGCGUAAGCAACAUGGCGUAUUUUACAAAACCAAAAAAAAUAUUGUACUAUAAAAUGCAAUAUCAAAAAUCUUCUGUUUGUAUAAGAAAUGGAAUAUCUAGACAAAAACGGAUGUUUUUAUUGGAUAUGCUAAACAGUUCUAUUAGAUUCGGCAAAGAAAAGGUUUUCAAAAAAAGCAAUUUUUUAGUUUGUUUAUAAAGCCAAAAACAAAAAACAUCGCAAACUUACUAUUUUUUACUAAAUUUCAAUCAAAAAUAACAAAAAUUUAAAAUCUUUCCUUACUCUAGAUCCGGAACCUGAGGGUACAAACAAAAAAACACCCCCUCCCUCUGUUAUACAAAAAAAAUUUCUACCCAAUUAGCUAUACACACGGGAAAUGGGUCUGAAUUUUAGGCCCAACCUAAACUUUGCUCAGGCCCGGUCAGUUCUCCAUGUCUAUUAGCUAGGACUACCCUCUAUUCAAAAGGCAGAACUCUUUAGUACGCUCCUUUUUCUGCUCUUGUUUUAGUGUUGAACACCUACUGAAGAUAAGAAGCAUUUUAUAGUACAAACUUGUUUAUUUACUUUAACUUUUUUUGCAACUAAAAGCUGUAACUUUUACUUCCAAAUCCUUAGCGAUACAUAAGAUUAGGUAAAUAGUAUCAGUCUUAUGCCAAGUUCAGGGACUCAAACUUUUAAAAGGAAGUGUCGCUUUAUAACUACACCAUUAAGUUUCUGAAAAUAUAUGAAUGUUCUAUCACUUGAUGCCAUUGUUUGACUUAUUUAAAAUCCCAAAGCAAAACUAACCAUAUGUUACACAAAUUAUUAACGUAUCUUUAUAAAAUACGUCGCAAGUCUUAUCCUAACACCUAUCACAAUAUCGUAAAACAAACAAAUCUUGCAGGAAUGCCAUCCGAAACCGCUCAGGCCAUUUGUUGCGUAGUGAUGGGAGGGAUUCUGGAGCGUUUCCCUCGUCUCAAGAUAUGUUUCGCUCACGGUGGAGGUUCGUAUCCGCAGAUUGCAGGUCGAGUGUCACAUGGCUUCAAAGUUCGACCGGACAUUUGUGCAAGCGACACCAAAGUGAAUCCAUCAGAAUUUAAUGGCAAAUUCUACACGGAUUCUUUGGUGCACGAUACGCAUGCGCUAAGUUUGUUGUCAAGUGUUGUCGGCUGGGACAAGAUUUGUCUUGGCACUGACUAUCCCUUCCCGUUGGGAGAGUUGGAGCCCGGAAAGAUUGUCAAGGAGUUGGAUGAUGACAAAAAGGUACGAAAUUAAUUUUUUUUUAAAUAAAUUUUUUAAUUUUCUUAUCAUACUAUUUUCAAAAUUUCAGACAAAAAUCCUCUGGUCGAACCCGAUUGAAAUGCUGAAUCUGAAGGAGGAUACUUUGCACACAAAACAAUUUUAA